GUUUCGUUUCGUUAGCGUGCGUCUGCGUCAGUGUUCGCUGUUCUGGUAUCUUUGCCUUUUGAGGUUGUGUGUUUGCGCAACACGUUCCCAUGUAUAACUUAUAAUAUUCGGUUAUCUAGUGCUACUCUAAAAGACUUAAAAUUUGCAUUUGUACAAAAUGUCUACGAAUCAUUUAAAUUCAAAUCAUACGGUGACUCCGCGAAAAAAAUCGCGGCAGGACGCCGCCAAAGUGACAGUCGUCCUGGGGGCUCAAUGGGGCGAUGAAGGAAAAGGAAAAGUUGUCGACAUGCUUGCACUGGAUGCCGAUGUUGUAUGCAGAUGUGCGGGUGGAAAUAAUGCUGGGCACACUGUAGUGGUUGAAGGCACUGAAUUCGAUUUCCAUUUACUGCCCAGCGGGAUAAUCAACAAAGACUGUAUUUCUAUUAUUGGGAAUGGUGUUGUCAUUCACUUGCCUGGUUUAUUUGAGGAAUUGGAAAAAAAUGAGAAGAAAGGUCUAAGUGGUUGGGAAUCUCGUCUUGUAAUAUCAGAUCGGGCACAUCUUGUAUUCGACAUGCAUCAGCAGGUCGACGGCAUGCAGGAAUCAGAAAAGGGUGGAUUAACCAUUGGCACAACCAAAAAAGGCAUUGGUCCGACAUACUCUUCUAAGGCAACCCGUAAUGGAUUGAGAGUGGGUGAUUUAUUGGGAGAUUAUGAUUUGUUCAGCCGAAAAUUUAGGCAGUUGGCUGCUUUGUACCAAAGAAUGUUUCCAAGUCUUGAAAUUGACGUGGAAGGGGAAUUGAAAAGGUAUCGCGAAUUUGCAGUCAAAUUGCGACCGUUUGUUAAGGAAUCUGUAUCGUAUUUGCACAAUUUAUUAUUAGAAGGCAAGAAAGUUUUAGUCGAAGGAGCUAAUGCUGCUAUGUUAGACAUUGAUUUUGGUACCUACCCAUAUGUAACAUCGUCUAACUGUAGUAUAGGAGGUGUAGUAACUGGCUUAGGUUUGCCUCCUCGGAACAUUGGUGAUAUUGUGGGUGUAGUGAAAGCUUAUACAACUAGAGUGGGCGAUGGUCCAUUUCCUACUGAAUUGCAUGAUGAAAUUGGAGAACUUCUCCAAACCCGAGGAGGAGAAAUCGGUGUAACAACGAAAAGGAAGCGAAGAUGUGGAUGGCUUGAUCUAGCCUUAUUGCAUUAUACCUCAAUGGUCAACGGAUAUACAAUGUUGUGUGUUACGAAGCUAGAUAUAUUAGAUACGUUACCAGAAAUUUUAAUAGGUGUAAACUACAAGAUAAACGGUGUUGUUAUUGAUCAUUUCCCUUCCACCUGCCAAGAAUUGGAAUCUGUAGAGGUGGAAUAUAUAACUAUGCCUGGUUGGCAAACUAGUACCGCAGAUGUUAGAGAGUUUAAAAAUCUGCCUGAGGCCGCUAAGAAGUAUAUCAAACGAAUUGAAGAAGAAUUAGAUAUUCCAGUGCGAUGGAUUGGUGUUGGCAAAGGCAGGGAAUCAAUAAUCAAUCUCUUUUAAAAUAAAUUUUCACUAGUUGAAGAAGCUAUGAACUGAAAUGCACAAAAAGAUAUUUCAAGGAUUAUUUUUCCGUCCAUACAUAUUGGAAAAUAACCAAAAAUUAAUCAUAGAUUGGAUGCUGAUUAUUUCUU